AUGUAAGGGGAGUGGGUAUGUAUAUAAAGUGCCGUUUGCAUCUGAUAGCUCGACGAAGCCAGCUAUGAGAGGCCUAGGGAGAUGGAUGCGUAGGGGAAGCGCCACUUUGACUGAGAGAAAGGUCAGGAGCUCGUUGCCCCGCCGCUGAGAAGUUCCUUGGACGCGAACAGACGUCCACUGCAGCUAGGCAGAGCGCAGAGCGAGCGAGGGAGCGAACGAGCGCCUCCGAGUCGCCAGUGCUCGCUGAGGGGAGAGGUAGUUCGCGCCCCGCGGCCCCAGCUCGGCCCCGCGCACCCAGCCAUGGCGGAGGUGGGGGGAGUCUUCGCCUCCUUGGACUGGGACCUGCACGGCUUCUCCUCGUCUCUGGGGAACGUGCCCUUAGCUGACUCCCCGGGUUUCCUGAACGAGCGCCUAGGCCAGAUCGAGGGGAAGCUGCAGCGCGGCUCGCCCACAGACUUCGCCCACCUGAAGGGGAUCCUGCGGCGCCGCCAGCUGUACUGCCGCACCGGCUUCCACUUGGAGAUCUUCCCCAACGGCACUGUGCAUGGCACCCGCCACGACCACAGCCGUUUCGGAAUCCUAGAGUUUAUCAGCCUGGCUGUGGGGUUGAUCAGCAUCCGGGGAGUGGAUUCUGGCCUAUACUUAGGAAUGAACGAGCGAGGAGAACUAUAUGGGUCGAAAAAACUCACACGUGAAUGUGUUUUCCGGGAACAGUUUGAAGAAAACUGGUACAACACCUAUGCUUCAACCUUGUACAAACACUUGGACUCGGAGAGACAGUAUUAUGUGGCCUUGAAUAAAGACGGCUCACCCCGGGAGGGAUACAGGACUAAACGACACCAGAAAUUCACUCACUUUUUGCCCAGGCCAGUAGAUCCUUCUAAGUUGCCUUCCAUGUCCAGAGACCUCUUCCGCUAUAGGUAAUGGACCCCUAGUGUGACCUCUGUGACCCCUAGGGCCACAGUUGUCUCUGCAAGCACUAUACUCAUAGCUUUUCAGUCUUCUUUCCUAUAAAUUUAGAUAACAGAGAAGCACUUAAUGUUCAACUCAACCCAACUGUUCCCUUGUUCAAAGUGUAUAUCAAAGUUGGGUUAUUUGGGAGAGGGAUGUGGGAGGAUGGGUGGGCUACAGGGAAUCUUGUAUAUACUUAUUUCUUUACUCAUGUUCUUUCCCCCGAGGUGGCACGAGAAAGAAUGGGGGCCCCUGCCAAGGGCCAGGGGUAUCUUGCCCCACAAUCCACCCAAAUACUUUGACAAUGGGUAAAUGAAAGACCAAGAAAUCUGCCAUAGAUGCUACAUACAGAGCUUUGGGAAAGUCUCCUUAAAAUCCUUGGGGCUAUGGCCCUGUUGCAGGUCAUCCCUGCACUGGCUAUGGAGAUUUAUCAUCUGUCCCGACAUGCAGGUUUCCUGCCAUUGGAACUGGGAGAUGGGGUAGAUUGUGAGAAAAUGAUAUUAAAAUGUAAGCAUGGAUACUGUGCAUAAGGACAAACUAUUUAUGAAAUGUACAUGCUAUUUAUUUUAUAUAUUUAUUUAUUUCAAAAUAAUUUUAUUUUUAAUGAGAGAUGCUAUGACUGGAUUUUCAUCAGAAAGAAUAAGGUCCUACUGAAACAGGAUAAAUGAGUUAUG